AUGUAUAUUACGUCAUCUGCGGAUACGAAUCUAGUUUGGUUCACGCUGUGGAACGCUGAUUUACUACAGUCUCCAAAUCCUCCCAUGUUCCUGUUUUCCAAUGACGUCACAACACCGUUUCCCAUAUCUACAGAAGAAUCUAUCCCAUCAGGACCUACCAUAAUUACCUUUGAAGGGUGUUUCUCUAUAAGCAUAUUUGGAGCUACCUUCCUAGGCGAGAAUGCAGCCACUAUGUCAGUAUCAGAGUGUCAGUUACUAUGCGCACCACCAUACGACCUCAUCAUUUUAGAGAUUCAGAUAAAAUGCCACUGUGCAGUCCAAGGCAGUUUGGUGUUUCCCACCCCCUUCCCUGACAGUACCUGUAAUAAGGCGUGCCCGGGCGACCCCUCUCAAUGGUGUGGUAGCCUUAGUACCAUAGGAGCGGUAUACACCUACUCGCAAGGAACCUCAUUGGUUACAGUACCGACCUACUCCGAUGUACAGGGCAUAGUUACCAUUACAGAAACACUGUACGCAGGAAAUAACGAAGUACAAGUUGACGUGACCGGACAUUUAGGGGAUUCGUCAAAUGCAGGCUUUAUUAUCAGUAUGUCCGUGGAAGUGGCACCCUCUACCACCUACACUUUAGACUACAGUAGCCAGCCAUGUUCGUCAAACAGUAGAAACACACUGGAUCCUGUAUCGGGCUUAGCUAUGCCUUUUCCAAGUGACGGGACAGUAAUUAACACAGGAAUACUAGAAGUGAGAUGUAUGUGGUUUGUUUUCGCCAGUGUUGCUACCAGUACAAUGAGUGCAAACAUCAAGCUGUACCAUCAGAGCGAGUCGAAGUUUAUCCGAGCUCCACACAUAGCAGUGCAUGUUGUUCAUGAAAUAGAAACUACAACAAUGGAGGUGACCACUACAACAACCACAACAACCACAGCUCUUACCACUACAACUACAACUGAAACACCAACAACUACAACUGAAACACCAACUACAACAACCGAUGCUCCGGCGACACCUGCUACAACUGAAGCAGCGAUGACAACUACUACCUCCGAACCAACAACAACACCUGGAGCAGAAACAACCUCGGCAGCAAUGGAAACAACUACUACUUCAUCCACGGCAGAGACAACCACAUCAACCUCCACAUGUCUCUGUCAUUGUUUUCGAAACACAACAAUAUCUACAGCACAACUCGACCACCUUGUCAAAACGUUACAAGAUAAUCUCAGAGUAUCCCGGACAGAACUAUCAUCUUAUGUUCGUACGAAAACAAGCGCAAGUGAUGACAGGAUAUCCGCAAAAAGUUUGGGAAGUUUUGGAGCUGCAAUCAUAGCCUCUGUGUUCAUGUGUGUUAUCGUUAUUGAUUUUGCAAACUUCAUGAAAUUUGCUAAAAAACCAAAAGUAAACCCCAAACCUUCUCCAACUGAACCAGAAACUAAAAAUGAAGAAUUUCCUAAUGAUUAG